AUGUCCUAUGACCACUAUGUGGCCAUCUGCAAGCCGUUGCACUAUACAAGCAUCAUGUCUCGUCAAGUAUGUCAUCUGUUAAUGGGAGUGUCAUGGGUAGCAGGCUUUCCUCAUGGAGUCAUACAGAUCAUCUUCAUAUUCAGAUUACCUUUCUGUGGCCCUAAUAUCAUAGAUCACUUUAUGUGUGACAAGAAUCCUUUGCUCAAUCUUGCCUGUACUAAUACUCUAGGGCUCUUUGUUGCUGUCAACAGUGGUUUCCUCUGUCUGUUAAACUUCCUUCUCUUGAUUGGCUCCUACGUGGUCAUUCUGCACUCCUUAAGGUCCCAGAGCUUGGAGGCAAGGCAAAAAGCUCUCUCCAUCUGUGUCUCCCAUACAACAGUGGUGGUCCUAUUUUUUGUGCCCUGCAUAUUUGUAUACUUGAGACCAGCAACUGCUUUACUUAUUGAUAAAGCAGCAGCUGUAUUCUACACUAUGGUAACUCCCAUGUUAAAUCUUUUAAUCUAUACUUUGAGAAGUACUCAGAUGAAAAAUACUAUUAGGAAACUGUGUAGUAGGAAAGUUAUUUCAGAUGAAUCAUAA